CAUCCUUCAUCCUUGUCCUUCUUCUCCCUGUUAUUUUUUUUGAUAUGUGACAGUGACACAACAAUCAUCUACAAUGACUGCCUCCGAACCGCUUUCCUCCCCUCCUGCCGAUACCCCCACCACCCCCACCCACAUCCGCAUCUUCACCCUGAACUGCUGGGGCCUCAAAUACAUCGCUAAACAUCGCCAUGCUCGUCUUGCCGAGAUCGGUCGCCAGCUAGCCAUCGCGGAUCCUCCCCCUGAAAUUGUUGGUCUUCAAGAAUGCUGGACCCAGCAAGACUACGACUCCAUCCGCCAGCAAACCCGCCACAUCCUCCCCUACGGCAAGUUUUAUUACGGCGGCAUCUGGGGCGCCGGCCUCGCUAUUCUCUCCAAAUGGCCCAUUGAAGAAAGCAGCAUGUACGCAUACCCGCUCAAUGGCCGUCCGACGGCCUUCUUCCGCGGCGACUGGUACGUCGGGAAGGGGGUUGCCUGUGCGCGCAUCCGCUUCGGGGCUGGAGUGGAGGAUGUCGCCGAGGUCUUUUGCACACAUCUCCACGCGCCGUACGAGCGGGAACCCAACGAUUCAUACAUCUGUCAUCGAACUGCGCAGGCGUGGGAAAUCGCCAAGCUGAUGCGGGGCGCUGCGGAGCGGGGACAUUUGGUCAUCGGUCUGGGAGACUUCAAUAUGUUGCCGUCGUCGUUCGCACACCAGUUGAUCCAGGCGCAUAGUCCGGUCCGGGAUGUAUGGCAGGUCCUGCACCCGGAUUCGUCGGUUGGAGCGGCCAUUGAUCCUGUGGAGCAGAAACGGGGGAAGCCGGUGCCGUCGGCGGAGUUUAAUCUGCUGGAGAAUGGGGCUACUUGUGAUGGGAAGUUUAAUACGUGGCGCUGGGAAAAGGAGGAUCAGAAGCGGUUGGAGAAGGGGGAGGAUGUGGUGGUUGACAAGGAUGCUCCUUGUCCGAAGGGGAAGCGAUUGGAUUAUAUCUUUGUUGGGGACGGUGGAUAUGCUCCGUUGUAUCCGGCGCCGCGGUGGUCAGUUGAGUCGACCCGGCUGUCGAUGACGGAGAGACAUCCUACGCUGCGGUGCUCGCUGAGUGAUCACUUUGCAGUUGAGGCGGUGAUCACCCGAGUUGGGGGGCGAACGGAGGGAGAUACCAAGGAGUAUGCCACCAUGGCUCCGAACACGUCCCUGACGUCGGACACGUACGACAUGAUCCUCGCGAUGAUCUACAAAUACGUGCAGCGAGAGCAGUCCCAGCUGCGCUGGCGACUGGCGCAUUUUGUUGCCUCGGUCAUUAUCUCGAUCGGGUGUUUCGUGGGCGUGUGGUGGACAGGCGACCAUCUACCCUACGUGGCAUUUAUCUUGGUGCUGGUGAGCACGCUGAACUUUGGUGCGGGCAUCUUGGAUGGGUUGAUUGGCGGGUUGUUCAUGUCGAGCGAGCUGCGCGCGCUGAAGGAGUUUGAAUGGGAGGUACAGAAUGCGAAGCAGAUUGCAAGCCGCAACGCAUGAUUAUUAUGCAAAUAUUAGCAUCUAGGUAAUUUGUAAAUAUUGUAAAUAUUCACUUCCAU